AUGAUUUCCUCACUCUUUCAUCUGACCGAUGAAGAUGGGAAGAAUCUCCCAUCAAUGGGACUCUCUGUUUAUUUUGUUUAUAAAGUAAAUAUUUUUUCUAUUAGUUUCCUUUAUUUUUCAACUUCUUUUUCUUCUUCUUCUUCUUCUUCUUCUUCUUCUUCUUCUCUACCUCCUCCUUUUUCUUCUUUUUCUUCUUCUUCUUCUUCUUCUUCUUCUUCUACCUCCUCCUUUUUCUUCUUUUUCUUCUUCUUCUUCUUUUUCUUCUUCUUCUUCUUUAUUUCACUUUCUUUUCUCUUUUUCUCAUUUUUCCUUCUUUUAUUUAAAUUUAUUUUCUUUUUUCUUCUUCUUCCUCACUAUUUUUCUUCUAUUUUUCUUCUUCUUUUUCAUCUUUAUUUUCAUUGCAUUUCUUCUUCUUCUUCUUCUUCUUCUUCUUCUUUUCCUAAUAAUUUACUUUCUUCUUUGGCACAGAAUUCAUUUUGUAUGCUUACCAUAUUUUCUUCUUAA